CCAGCCGGAGUUUUUUUCCCCCAGCGUCGCACAGCAAAAAUGACGUAACAUCCUCUUUCUAGCAAAACAGGGGAAGCUAAUUUGUUAGCCUCGAAAAUGAGUUUGUUUUUGCCAAAGUUAAUGUGCAAAAAAGACAUCGAUGAAGUUAUCAAAGGCGUAGCAGAAAAAGUGGUAGUUCUGCGGUUUGGGAGAGACGAAGACUCGGUUUGUCUCCAGCUGGAUGAGAUUCUGUCGAAAACUGCACAUGACUUGAGUAACAUGGCGUCCAUCUACAUCGUUGAUGUGGAUAAAGCUCCCAUCUACACCAGAUACUUUGACAUCAGUUACAUCCCCUCCACCGUUUUCUUUUUCAAUGGACAGCACAUGAAAGUGGAUUAUGGCUCCCCAGAUCACACCAAGUUUGUCGGCAGCUUCAAGACCAAGCAAGAUUUCAUGGAUCUGAUUGAGGUCAUAUACAGAGGAGCCAUGCGCGGGAAGAUGAUUGUCCAGAGUCCCAUAGAUCCUCAAAAUAUUCCCAAAUAUGAUCUCCUCUACCAUGGAAUUUAGAUUCAACACAGGCAUCUGAAGAAGUUUUUUCUGAUUUUAUUUAUUUCUUGUGAAAAGGCAGUGUUAUCUUGAUGUUUCCCAUGGAAAAGAGCUGCAUAUAAGCAGAGAGAUACAAUUAAUGUAUGCAAUGUACUUUCUCUGUUUUUAUAAUAAACUUGUACCUUUUA